AUGGGUGUCCCCGCGCUCUUCAGAUGGCUCUCCAACAAGUAUCCCAAGAUUAUCUCGCCGGUGAUCGAGGAGCAGGCCCAACAGGUCGAUGGAGAGGAGAUCCCCAUCGAUACCACGGGCCCCAACCCCAAUGGCGAGGAGAUGGACAACCUGUAUCUGGACAUGAACGGCAUCGUCCACCCAUGUACUCACCCCGAGGGCAAGCCGCCACCAUCCAACGAGCAGGAGAUGAUGCUCGAGAUCUUCACGUAUACGGAUAGGGUCGUGAACAUGGUCCGUCCCCGGAAGCUGCUCAUGAUCGCGAUUGAUGGUGUCGCCCCGAGAGCCAAGAUGAACCAGCAGCGUGCUCGUCGAUUUCGCUCCGCGCAAGAGGCUCAAGAAAACGACGACAAGAAGGAGGAGCUGCAGAAGAUGAUCGCGAAGCAGAACGCGAAGAAGGGCAUUGAUACCGGCAUCCAGGAAGAAGUUGUCCAGAAGACAUGGGACAGCAACGUUAUCACCCCCGGAACCCCCUUCAUGGAUAUCCUCGCCGCAUCGCUGCGGUACUGGAUUGCCUACAAGCUCAACACGGACCCCGGGUGGGAGAAAAUGAAAAUCAUCAUCUCCGACGCGACGGUCCCUGGAGAAGGAGAGCACAAGAUCAUGGAAUUCAUCCGAUCUCAGCGAGCGUCGCCCGAGCAUGACCCGAACACGCGCCAUGUAAUUUACGGUUUGGAUGCCGAUUUGAUCAUGCUGGGCCUGGGGACCCAUGAGCCUCACUUCCGAGUCCUGCGCGAGGAUGUGUUCUUCCAGGAAUCAAAGCCUCGGACGUGUAAAUUGUGUGGGCAACCAGGUCACAAAGCCGAGGAGUGUACAGGUCGUGCAAAGGAGAAGGGCGGAGAAUUUGAUGAGAAGCAACAUGCGGCUCCUCUUAAGCCGUUCAUUUGGCUUCAUGUCUCGGUAUUGAGAGAAUAUCUGGCCGUCGAACUGCAUGUUCCCAACCAGCCAUUCCCCUUCGACCUCGAAAGAGCGUUGGAUGACUGGGUGUUCAUGUGUUUCUUCGUUGGUAAUGAUUUUCUUCCUCACUUGCCUUCCUUAGAUAUUCGUGAGAACGGUAUUGACACCCUGAUUGCCCUGUGGCGCGACAACAUCCCCGUCAUGGGAGGUUAUCUGACCCAGGAUGGGCAUGUCGACUUGAAAAGGGCCCAGUUAAUCCUGCAGGGAUUGGCCAAACAAGAGGACGCGAUCUUCCGGCGUCGUAGACAGGCGGAGGAGAGAAGAGCAGCCAAUGAAAAGAGACGGAAGCAACAAGAUCAAGAACGCAAUGAGGAACGCGCCAGGAAACGAAGACGCAGCUCCCCGGCCUACGACUCGCCUACACAUAACCGGCCGCGUGGCGGUGAUGGCACCGCGCCUCCGGCUGGGCUUGAGUUGAUCACCCCUGGUCGUGGAAACCUCGCCCGAGAAACCAGAGAGUUGACGCACAGCAUGGUUGUCAACCGCGGAGCUGUGUACCGUGCCAACAUGGAGAACAAGAGUGCAGCCGCUGUGUUGAAGGACAAGCUUCUGAGGGGCUCUGCAAACGGGACGGCUGCCGAAGACACAUCGUCCGCUGCACCAGCUGAGGAGCCCUCAAACAAGGGCGAAGAGCCAACCUCGCCAUCGGUACUUGGCAAGAGAAAGGCUGAUGAGCCUGAGGUUCAGGAGGCUGAGACUGAGGCUGGAACUCCGGGCCGAGACACUCCUAUUGUGACAAACAAUAACAACAGCAACAACAAGCCUCCGGGAGAUGACCUUCCAGAGGAUACUGUCAAGCUCUGGGAGCCCGGGUAUGCCGAUCGGUACUAUGAGCAAAAGUUCGGUGUUCAGCCCGAUGACCAUGAGUUCCGCCACAAAGUUGCACGAGCUUAUGCCGAAGGUCUUGCUUGGGUCCUGUUGUAUUAUUUUCAGGGGUGUCCCUCGUGGACGUGGUACUACCCCUACCACUACGCGCCGUUUGCUGCUGAUUUUGUGGAUAUUGCGGACAUGGAUCUCAGCUUCGACAAGGGCAAGCCUUUCCGACCCUUUGAGCAGUUGAUGGGAGUCCUGCCAGCGUCAUCCAACCACGCAUUGCCUCCCGUUUUCCAUCCCCUGAUGAGUGAUCCCGAGAGUGAGAUCAUCGAUUUCUAUCCCGAAGAUUUCCCUGUGGACCUGAACGGCAAAAAGUUCGCCUGGCAGGGUGUGGUUUUGCUGCCUUUUAUCGACGAGAAGCGUCUGUUGACCGCCAUGGAGAAGGUGUACCCUCUUCUUACGGAAGACGAGACUAGCCGCAACACGCACGGGAAAGAAGUGCUUCUCAUCUCUGAUCGGCAUCCGCUCUACCAGGAUCUUGUUGCCAACUUCUAUUCCAAGAAGCCCGGUCCCCCGCAGUACAAGCUGAAUAUGCGCGUGAGCGAUGGUCUGGGUGGUAUCGUUGAGCGCAGCGAUGCCUACAUUCCCCAUAGUUCAUUAACAUCUCCAUUGGAGGAUUACGGUAUGCCUGGUGUGGACGAAGAUCGCUCCCUUACUGUUCACUACGCGAUUCCCAAGUCCACUCACAUCCACAAGUCCAUGCUUCUCCGUGGGGUGAAGUUCGCGACCCCGAUGCUGAAUUCCGUCGACAUUCGGGCUACGAAAGGCCGGGCUCAGCACACGGGCCGGUCUCAUGGCGGUGCGCCGCUGGGAGGAGGACGAGGCCGGGGCGGCCAAUUUAACUAUGCUCCGGACCGCUCGGAUCGCCCGAAUCCAUUUGCCGCCCAUCUCGAUCCCAAUUUCGUUCCCGGCGCACCGCCCGGUGGUCCUCCGGGAUGGGUUCCUCCCGUCCCCGGUGGUGGUGGCUACUCUCGCGGCCCACCUGGGCCUCCCCCGUGGAGGGAUGCAGCAGGGUUACCCGCCUCCCGGUCAGCCGGGAUACGGCCAACCCCCACCGUAUAA